CAACCAAUAUGAAUUGACUGCCGAUUUUGCUCAAAUUUCAUUGACGAUGUUGGUGACCGAGUCGUUCACUGAUGUCCCGACGGCGACGACGCACAUGCGGCUGCACUGGUUCACUCCCACCUUACUCUUAGACCCAGCCAACGCCAGCACUAAGCUCUGUUCGAUCCUCGUCUUCACCGAAAUCUACCAAGUGACUGGACCCGUGGCCCGCUUCUGCCGCCAAAUCGCAGCGCAAGGCUUCCUUGUUGCGUCCUGCGAGUCGUACCACAACUUCUUGGAGCCAGGUACCGUCCUUGCCUACGACGUACCUGGUACGGACCUGGGGAACCAGCUGAAGAAGGACAAACGGCUGUCGUCCUACGACGACGACGCCACCGCCGCCAUCACGGCCCUUCUUGCGCACCCCAAUGCCAAUGGCCGCGUGGGGGUAACUGGCAUGUGUCUUGGUGGACACCUGGCCUUCCGUGCAGCAAUGGACCCUCGAGUUGGUGCUGCAGUGUGCUACUUUGGCACGGACAUCCACUCGGAAACGUUGGGUGCAAAGCCGCGGGAGGCAGGCGAAGUGGAAUCGCUGGCUCGAUGCAGCGACAUUCGCGGGGAAAUUCUCAUGAUCUUUGGGACAAAGGACCCCCACGUUCCUCGCCAAGGACGUCGUUCGAUUUACGACGGGCUAACCGAGGCCAAAGUGGACUUUACGUGGAUGGAGUUGAAGGCCGACCACGCCUUUAUUCGCGAUGAAUCCAGCAAGGGGCGAUACGACCCAGCUGUGGCGAAGAUCUGCUUUGACGCACUCACGGAACUCUUCCACCGCCGCUUGACUCUGAAUUUGAUCGACUCGGCGCCAUUCAACCCCAAGGAUCUCAUUUGUUAGCAAUGGAGCCGACGCGUACUGUAGUCUUCUGGAGCCCCAAACGCCCUUGGUGCUGGAUGUAUAUAUCUCACAUGUACUAGUAGUAUCGUCAAGUGUCAUGGCUCGUUCAGACCCUCGGAAUAAUGGCAUAACGUACUAGUACUACACUGUACCUACUACUAACGUAGAGUUCCAAUUUAA